AUGGAAGAAAACAGAAUAGACAGCGAUGCAUAUACGAGCAUACUUAGCAGAGAGUACUCAGAGAGAAUACCGUGCAGGGUUCUCUCAGUAGAAAAGAGUGAGAUAAAAGAUACCUUAAAAAAAGAAGAAAAAAUACUCAACGUAAAAAGAGUCCCGAGAAUACUCCACUCUUCCUUUCUCAGUAACAAAAAGGGAAUAGAAAUAGAAACAGAAAAAAAGAAUGAAAAAGACACAGUGUGGAUACUUCUUAAAGAAGAAAGUAGUAGGGGAGAUAGAGCUGUGCUAGUUCUGAGCUAUGAAUACUUCACACACAAUGAGCUGCUCAAAAAGGCAGGAAUAAGUGAAGACGAAUACCAGUCCAGCUACAACAAGGUAGGAAACAUCAUCCAUUUGAACCUAAAGGACGACUCUGUAAAGCACAAAGAAAUAAUCUCGCAGGUGCUUCUGGACAAGAUAAAAGACUGCAAGACGGUCAUAAGAAAGUGUUCAAACAUCAACAACACGUUCAGAAAUAUAGAAAUAGAGCAUCUGGCCGGCAAAAGAGCAUACAAAACAGUGCAUAAAGAGAACGGGCUGCGCUUUUCCAUCGACUAUGACAAAGUGUACUGGAACUCGAAGCUGCAAAAGGAAAGAGAAAAUCUUUCUGGUAAAAUAUCUAAAAAUGAGACAGUUUGCGAUCUGUUCUGCGGAGUAGGCCCCUUUUCCAUUCUGGCGCUGGCGAAAGGAGCCACUGUGUGGGCAAACGACUUAAACCCCGACAGCAUAAAAAACUUUAAAGAGAGCAUUGUGCUGAACAGAAAGGUGCUCGGUGUGGAGAGCGAAAGCGUUGUGUGGAAUGAGGAGCUGGAAGAUAGAAUAUUUCUGUACAAUUUAGACGCACACGACUUUUUGAUUAAAUCAGCAGAAGAGAAGAAAAGAAAAACAAACAGUAAGAUUUUCAACCACUACAUACUGAACCUGCCAGAGCUAACCCUCAGCUUCAUAAAAUACUUCGUAAAGAUAGAGGAAGAUGUGAAGGAAGAAACCAAAGCAACAGUGCACGCGUACUUCUUCAUAAAAACAGGAGAGAGUGCAGUUGAAAAGAUAGAAGCAGAAAUGAACAGAAAGGUCAUUUGCACGAGCAGACUAGUAAGAAAAGUGUCGCCAUGCAAGGAAAUGUGGCUGGUGUCAUUUGAACUGCUAAAGAAUAACUAG